GUGGUUCUAAAUGCCUUCCAGUCUAGGCUAUAUAACUCCUCCUCCGUUUCUCUCUCAGCAUAUCAUAACAUAUUUGUUUAAUUUUGCCGAAAGCUAUCUCCUUUCCUUUUCGUCAUUUCUUCACCGCCCCUACCUCUUCGGAAACAGCAAAAAUAACUUGCAAACCCAGAAGCAAGCAACCCUUUGAACAAGCGCAGCCAAAAAGAAAGAAGCAAACAUGUCUUCCCCAAGCAAACGCCGUGAGAUGGAUUUGAUGAAACUGAUGAUGAGUGAUUACAAGGUGGAGAUGAUCAAUGAUGGCAUGCAAGAGUUCUAUGUGGAGUUCCAUGGACCGAAAGACAGUACAAUCUUGACUACCCUCUUUAUCUUUUCCCCCCUAUUCACUGCUGUUUUGAUCUAUAUGCUUGUUAAUUUGUCCCGAGGCGGUCCCUACCAAGGAGGGGUGUGGAAGAUAAGAGUGGAAUUACCAGAUGCUUAUCCUUAUAAGUCUCCGUCUAUUGGAUUCAUUAACAAGAUCUACCACCCAAACGUGGAUGAAAUGUCUGGUUCAGUUUGCUUGGAUGUUAUCAAUCAAACUUGGAGCCCUAUGUUCGAUCUGGUGAAUGUAUUCGAAGUGUUUCUCCCUCAGCUUCUUUUGUAUCCCAAUCCCUCAGAUCCUUUGAAUGGAGAAGCUGCUGCGCUAAUGAUGCGUGAUCGCUCUACCUAUGAUCUCAGAGUGAAAGGUAGCCUGUCUGUGACCGAUAUUAAGUUUGUCUGAAUGCCUUGCCGUUAAGUUUAUCUGAAUGCCUUGCCGUCUGAUCCUGUGGUUGAUGUUUGGUUAAAUGCUUUCAAAUUUCAUGUUCUUAUGCAACAUGUGCUGAUAACAACAUAAAGUUGCAAACGUUCGAGGCACGAGAGUGAAAAUAUAGCAAAACACCUUUCUUCCUUCGCUUUUAGAGGCUCUGUGUUGUCUUAACUAGGGACCCUAGUUGUCCAGUCGAUUUCUCAGUCUUUAGAUUCUGAAAUCGGUCUUCCUGUACCUGUUUGUGCUGUUGCAGCAUCUUCUCUCGUUCAGCAUCUCUUGUGUCAACCUGAUUUUUGUAUUUCCAAUUGAUGUAUCCAUGACAUCCGCUCACAUCCAUCAUGAUUGCUGCUACCUUCUGCAGUAGAGUAUUGUGAAAAGUAUGCAAAGCCGGAGGAUGCCGGGGCAAAACCAGAAGAGAAAUCGUCAAGCGACGAGGAGCUGAGUGAAGAUGAGUAUGCAUCCGAAGAUGAGCAAGUUGCAGGGAAAGCUGAUCCUUGAUUGCCUACUUGUAGCCUGGUACCCUGCUCUUUACUAAUUGUCUGUAAUCCUGUACAUGAUAGCUUUCAUCGUUCUUCGAAGAUGGAAACGAAAUCCCAAAGAAAAGAUACGGAGAACAGAAAUGCUGAAGGGGGUGAAGGGGAAAAUUUUCCUUACCCCUGACAGUCAUGAACUUUGAACCUUUGUGUAUAUUGUUUCAGCAGUGGGAUUGAUGUUUCGGAUAUUCAUUUAUUACUCUUUGUUGGGACAAUGUCUAUUUGCUCUUUUGCUUUGGGGUUGGUAUUCUCUGAUCUCCACUCUCUUGUUUCCCAAAGAAAACAAGAUGUGUGAAAUCUAAUUGGCCA